CCGCGGCACCGCCCUCUCCUCCUGCCGGGCUCGCCGGCUUCCGCUCGGCUCUUGCCGUCCCCCCCCGCUCGGGUGUUUCCGCCGCCGGCGACCGCAGCGCUUCGGCCCCGCUCGGCUCUUUCCGCCGCGGCGGGCUGCCGCCCUCGGCUCCGCGCCCGCCCGCUCAGCCCUGCCCAUGUCGGACGUGCCGCUCGCCGCCGGCUCCCGCUUCCAGCCCCCGGCCGCCGGGGCGCCGGGCGGCUCUGCGCCCCACGUCCCCUCAGAAAAUGAAGACUCGGCCCAAAAGACAGAGCCUGCAGAUCAGCUGUUUGAUUCUUUGGAGUCCAGUGCUUCGCAGAGCAGGCCGCAGAUUGGGUUGCUCAUGAGUGCGGGCGCAACAGAGGAUUCGAAGGAAGAAGCUGGCACUUCAGAGGACCAGGAAGUGGCUGCACUAGAAGAGAAGCUGCCUGACCAAAUACAGUCCCUCAAAGAGAAAGCUGUUGUUCGAGUAACCAACUACCAUGUACCUCAAGGAGCAGGGGAUAUAGUAAUGAUUCAGUCAGAUCAUACUGGUGCUGUGGAUAUCCUUUCAGCUGAGCUGGAGACUGCAGACCUCCUUGGGGAGCAGAGGAAAGCUCAGCCUCCCCCUCUGGCUCCACCCACCAUGUGGACCACUGAGAAGACGAAGGAAUUCAAAGCCAAGAUGGGAAAGGAGAAGAAUGGCCGGAUGGUGGUGAAGCGAGGCGAGGUGGUGACAGUCCGCGUGCCAACCCAUCCUGAUGGGAAAUGCAUUUGCUGGGAGUUUGCUACAGAUGACUACGACAUUGGGUUUGGAGUCUAUUUUGACUGGACCACAGUUACCAGCACUGCCAUUACUGUUCAGGUCAGCGAAUCCAGUGAUGAGGAGGAUGAAGAGGAGGAGGAGGAAAUUGAAGGACUUGCCCCUGUUGGUGACGUGGAAAGGGGCUCCAAAAGCUAUCUGCGGAACCGCUAUGGAGAGAUCAUGCCUGUAUAUCGGAGGAACAGCCAUCGGGAGGUGCAGGCAGGCAGCCACGAGUACCCAGGCGAGGGCAUCUACCUGCUGAAAUUUGAUAACUCAUACUCUCUCCUCCGCAAUAAGACUCUGUUCUUUCACGUCUAUUACACUAGCUGAAGAAACGGGAAGGGGCAGGGAUGGCAGGCAGGUAAUGGUGAGCGUAGCAGGCUGCCACCCAGCCCUGGUACUGCCUGAUGGGCACUGCUGUGUGACAGAACCAACGCACAAUUCUGCCGGCUCCUCUUCAGACACUAACUGGUUUCUCCCUACACCCUCCUUCCCUGCUGUCCCAGUGGAGAAAGGUAAUUGUGACUGCCUGGUUGUCCACAGGCAACUUUCUGUAAAACUUUGGGAGGUCUGCUCUACGCAGGCAUCGGGCUGGGCCUUCAUGUCGAGCUGGUAGAUGCCCAGAGGCCAGGUUCAGGUGGUUGUGGUUUCGAUCUGUUGCACUGGUACGAAAUGAAGUGAAAAUAUUCUUGAUCUGUUACUUUUUGUGAAUAACUUUUCCCACUCUCCUGCUGCAUCUGCAUCACUAGAGGGCAGCUGUCAGCUGCAAUGAGCCAAAAGCACAGCUGGCUUGUCACCUAGCCACUGAUAAUCUCAUCACCUACCACCAUUACAUGUCACCAGCAGCCAGUGCUUCCGUCACUUGUGUCAGUGGGGGUGCAGCUGGCCAGCAGCAGUGGUGGCUAGGCCACGCUACAGUGGGCGGGCCCCAAACGGUAGUCACAGCAUGUGUUUGAACAGGGGGUGGGGGGGAGGGUGCACACCUCUAAGUCCAUAAGAAGGUUUUCCUACAGAUAAAGAAUCGGAUGUUAUACCUGUUGAUUGUAGGGAUGUGUAGAUGAUUAAAACUUCAGUGACCACCAAAAGUUUUUUCUAUAAUCCAGAUGUGAAGCAGAAGAAAUUACUUACUGCUGUGCUGAAUAAAGGUUGGAGUACAACCAAUAAAAUAUACAGGAAACGUUUCCCAGUAGCAGCAUGUUGGUUCACUGGUGUUGCUGCCAGCUGGAUAAUACCAUAUGUAGCAAGGAAAAGGCUCCCCAGAGAAGUGUAGCUUGUCAGCUGCUAGUGCUGUUGCAAAGGUAUUGUUGGAAAAGAACAUCUCUGCUCAGACAGUCGAAAGGUGUGGGAUUUAACCGGUCCUUUCUGAGAACCAGAAUCAGAAAGGCCGUUGCUAACCCUGGCCACAUGGUAAAGGGUGGAGUUCCUUGGCAUGUUUUGGUGGCUAGCGAUGGCAUUAGUGAUCACCUGCUCAAGUACUGGGAGAGCUGAACAAGGAUUAAGUUAAUCCUUCAGAGAUGAAUUUUAAAUCAUGUUUAUCUGUAACCUGUUUAUUUUAAUACUUUUAACUUGAAAUCAUUCUCUUUUCUAAGAAUACUGCUGUAUUUACAUUUUGAUACCUCUUUGCAGAGACACAAAAUGGCUGUUUGCAUGGUGAUUCUAGUAAAGUUCUGAGUUUUAUUUUUAAAUCCUUCAGGAAAAGCACCUCUACUUGGUCCGUUCCCUCUAUUGAGAGGGAAUAAUGGACAGAAUGAUUUUGGGGUAGUUAAAGCCAAAGAUUUCACUCCCGUUGGAGGGCCAUGUAUUUCCUAGUAAGGCUGUAUUGUAAUGCUGUGCAAUUUGCUCCAUAUUCAAGCUCUUAACUAUCUCUGCUUACUUAUUCACUGCCCCAGAGCACUUAGUAUGUCCAAAUGGUAAGAGAGAGCAGUCAGUCUACAGCAGAGCAGGCCAAGCUGGGAGCAGGAGGAGCGGAAAUGCAAAGAACACUGGUUUGGAGCACAGUGGCUUUCUGUGUGAGUAUACAGAGAGCAGAGUUUUUGCUGCUUUGGACCCCGAGAUGGGGAGAAAACAGCUGCCCUUCUCAAGAGAGAGAGCACGCACACCUGGGCUAGGGGGGGAAGUGCAAAGCUGCCUUAUUCAAGCAGGCGCAAUGACAAGACAACCUUGCAGGUAGCAGAACAGGCUUGGUAUCUGUCAGAGUAAGAUGCUCUUUCAUUUAGCAGCUUGGGGAGGACUAUUCCUUCCUUUAGCCUCUCUUGCGGAAGAUGAAGGACCAUGCUGUGGCCUUUGUACAGCACUUGAAUCAGGCCUGAGCAACUCAGGUAAGGCACUCGCCUUUUUAUUUUCCAUCCUUUGUCUAUCAAGUUCCUAGACACUAAACAGAAGAAGAUAGAAAAAGACCCUUCAGUCUGACAACCACGUCAGCACUGCCCCACUCAAUGGCUGCCUUUGGCCCUUUGCUGGGAGAUCCACAGAACCCUGCGUGCAUUUGCUGGUUAAUGCAUGAUGCCCUGUCUUUCACCCACUCCAGUUUCUAAUUAGGACUUAUUUAUUAUGAAGGCAACUCUGACCCGUACAUACAUUAGAUAUUUCAGAAUCAUUGAUCCUCAGUUGCAUGGCUUAUUGCAGGCUAGUGGGUUAUCUCCACUAAAAAGCUGUUUCCCUUAUAGUGUAGCCUCCCCAUUGCUAACUCGCAGCUACUUCCCCUUCCUGUCUGUUUGUUGCUCAUAUUAAAGUUUGAAAUGCAUUUUGUCAUGUUGUUAAGAAGUCAAUAAGGCCUGCUUCACAUCAAUUUUGAUCACUCACUGACACGUAAAUACUAUGUGCCAGUUUUCAAGCCAUUAGUUAGUGGUUUCAGUUAAGAUAAGUUGCACUGUAGAUGGCAAUCCUGUUCCUCAGUUCUAGCUUUCUGAAGCGUGGACCAACCUUUAAUAAGGCUCAGGUCACUUGUUUGGAACUGUGCCCGUCUCCUAGUCUCAGUGACUUCAGCCCCACAGCAGCAUUGAACAUGGUACGUCAUCCUGAUCCGCGUGUGUCUGGUCUACAAAUGCAGUGUGCCCAUAGAUAGGCCUGCCACCGUGGAACUGAAAGCGUUUUGUGUGUGUUAUUUCUCCGCUUCAGUUUUCCAGAAAUAUCUGGUAUCUCUUUUGAACACAGGAUAGUUUUAGGCACAGAAUAUUUCAUCUAUAGGAAACAGAAGCUUCACGGUCAUACAGGAUAAUUCCUCUUUUUGUUUGUUUUUGGUUUUGUGUUGUUUUUUUUUUUUAAAUCCCACAUUACACAAGUAUGUUGUUUCUCAGGUAUUCAGAUAGCAUUUGUUACUCACAUGACAACUUCUCUUUGGAACGGUAUAUAGUCUUUAUUCAUUUUCUGAUAAAUCCAGUAGCUUGGCUGUGUGGCUAGUGAUUAACAGCAGCCAUUCCCAUUCAAAAUCGAACUUGUAGUUGGUUCAAAGAAGUAGUCUUUAUUUCUCAUGUGUCCUUUUUUUCAGUUUGGAGUAUCUCCUGGAUUUGUGUCCAAUCCUGCAAUCUGGCUGAGGCAGUUAUGGAAACCCUUAUUAUUUUAAUUAGAGACCUUUGGAACUAGACCUUGGGUCUAGAGAGACAAAUGAAUUAAAAAGGCAGUUGCACUUUAGAGAGGAAAAUUAAUCCUCGAGAAAGGAAAAUUCCUUUUUUGUUUCUGUGGAAGGAAGAUUUCAGAUAAGUUUUUAAAAUGUGUUUCUUCUCACUGUAAAUUAUGUCUAGAAAUUCAAAUAGCUAAAUCAAGGAAGAAGCUGCUUUUGCAUUUUGGGUUUGCUUUUGUGAAAGCACAAAAUCGUUUCCCAUUUUGUUUUGAAUAUAAUUUAGAUCUAGAAAUAAGAUUUACAUGUUCAGCCAGAGAUGAACUCUGCUCUGAAGAAGUCCUGCAGUGCAGGACUUGUAUAAAAAUUAGCUCAUAUAGUUGUUUAUUUAUAAUAAUGCUAACAAUCUGUUGGGCUUUUUUUUUUUUAUGUCAGAGGGUCAUAAGCUCUCCAUUGUUUUCUCUUUUUUUUUUUUUCCCCCUCUUAGGUGUAAUGUAGCGGCAGGAGUUUAAACUAUAUGUUUUACUGAGGACAGAGAGUUAGAAUUGCUUAAAUCAGGGACCACCUGUACUGAUUUAAUUUAUUCAUAAACUCUUUGGAGGCCUGUAACAUGGAUUCUUGUGAAAGGUUAUUGGUGUCAGACAUAGGCUAGUUGCAAAUUAAUGCUUGGGACCCAUUCAGCAGUUACAUAGAUGAUCAUUACUGGUAAUGGGCCAUUUACAUAAACAGGUAAGAUGAAAAUGUGUAAGAGAAUGAGCUUAGUUGUCUGACUUCAGGUGCUAAAAAGAACGUUGAGUUACUAUGCAACUGAGGCUAAAAGACAGCCACAUGCCUGCCUUUUUGGAUCUACCCUGUGCGCUUGUCUUCUUGUAACUGUGUGUGCACGUAACCUUCAUCUGUGGCCUGCAGUGGGUCAGCUAUCAUGGUGCUUGCCCCGGUGAGGUGGGUUAGAGGUGAACCUUGUCACGUGUCUAGUUGCUGAAAGACAUUAAUUUUUGUGGGGAAUUAGGGUAGAGAAUGAAUCCUUAAAUGAGUUCACUUUUAUCCCUGCUGCUUAUACCCUUCCUUCUUGUCUCACUACCCCCACUAAAGCCACUCCACAGAGGAUUUAUCACAAGGUGCCUUAGGAACAAGGAGCAUAUUUGAAAUAAGAGCCAUAGACGUCAUUAAUCCAAGGGUUUCCUUCUCCUUGUUUUCUGCCCAUUUGGGUAGAGGGGAGGCACUUCCUAAGGUCAGGCCAGGAAAGCCCCUGUAGGCCCUUCCUGGAGAUUUAAGCUGUUCAUUAGACUGCCUUGUUGCCCUAAGAUGAGUACUAGAAUGGUGUUUGAGUUUCCUGGCGCCGUAAGAUUCUUUGCCUUUUAAAAUCAUAUGCUGCUGUCAGAUAUUGAGGAGCACCAGAGGACUACUCCUUUUUAUAUGCUGAUGCUAAACCUGAGGACCAGAGGGACACUAGAUAGAUACAGAAGAGCAUUCCUUGUGACCAUUCAUCAUUUUCUCUAAAAAGAGUGUCUGAAUCCAGCGUUGUGAGUGGUGUGUGCUGAUGUGUAUUGAGGCUGGAUAAGAGACCAAAGCAACAAAGUUUUUGUGUUUUUUUUUUUUUUUGAUCUACAAGUGUGAAAGAAAAGACUGUUUUCUCCUUUUCUCAUAUCUGGGAAAAUAAUGGGUGUGACAAUGUCAUGUAGAUGUAGCAGAAUAUCUCAGUUGGUAGAAUGAAAAACUGGGAACUGAUUGUGUUAAAUACAUUGGCUAAUUAGACUGUGGAAGAAGCCAUGAAUUUAGCAGGAGUGAAAGUGCUACAUCACUUAUCUAAAUAAGUUGAUUUGCAGUAAAUACCAACUAAACAAAGUUUUAGAAGGUACAUAAAACUGCAGAGUUCAAACACGUCUUGCUAGGAGAAGAAUUUUCUGUGGGGUUAUUUCACGUUUGCCUCCAAAGAGUCUCUGGCAACUUAUUCUGAAACACUGGUGCUGUUGCAGCUGAAGAUGCGACAUCAGGCUGGAUAGAUGACAGGUCUGACUCCCCCUGGCUUUUCUGCGUUCUGUUCUGGAUUUUACAUGUUGCUUUCUCAGAAGCUUCAUCACAAGAAAUGUACCCUUUAUCAGUCGGGGAGAGAGGAAGAACUUUGUGAUCCAUCAGUGAGGCUUCUCUGGUUUAAGCCCAUCUGGACUGGUGAGUCAAGUCCCUUGGGCAAGAAGCUGGAUGCCCACCAUUAAUCUCAGAGCUAAGGAGGCUUUGCCAAGUAAUGACCUUGAAGGAGCUGCGUUUUGAAAUUAUAAAUAGCUGGAGAUGGUCUCCCUGCAACCUCCAGGAUGCCCUGGUGACUAUCGGCCCUCCUCAGAGGGAAGUAGUCUGCUCUUAACUCGCUGCUGCAAGCUGCUAGCGUAGUCUUUCAAUGGGGAGCAUCUUGUAGCUGGUCAUAUCUUUUUCAGAGCUAUAUUCUUGUGAACUGCGAUGGCUGUCUGUAAGUCCUUAUCGAUGUGAUGUGAAUAUUUUUGAUGUCCUGUGAUUUCAAAAUUGAGUUCUCGGCUCCAACUGUUUGCUUCUCCUGUCCUGCCAAGAUAGGAGUUUUAAAUGGAGGAGAGGGUAUUUUAACAAAAUGUGGUACUGAACCUCUUGCUGAAGGGCACAUAUGAAGACUGUAUUUAUAGUGUGCUUGCAUUCCUUCUACGCUUGGUUUGUAUUGUUUAUAUUUGAUGUGUUGUGGCUGAUUUGUAACAGUAUAUUGGAACUUAUUCCCUUUAAAUAAACUUUUCACUA